CUCUCAGUACAUCAGAGCAGCAGUGUGUGUUUAGCAGCAGCAUCCUCUGGACCCGCACCGCUUACUUUCAGUCGAGGCUGACUUUUCUCCCGCAUAAAAAUAAAAACACAAUAGAAUACAAUAAAACGCACUCCACAAAUAUUAAGCUACUAGUGGCUCGACAGAAGAGCAGCUUCAGACCUUUGAAUCGCUUCUCUGUUUUCGUCCUCGCAGGUUUUUGGACCACUCCAGACAUCAGACCGGACUUCUCCCGUUGACUCCGCACUCUCGCAAGGCAAAAUGGGGAAACAGAACAGCAAGCUGACCCCUGAAGUGAUGGAGGAUCUGGUGAAGAACACAGAGUUUAACGAGCAUGAGCUGAAGCAGUGGUACAAGGGUUUCCUGAAGGACUGUCCCACGGGCCGCCUCAACCUGGAGGAGUUCCAGCAGCUGUAUGUCAAGUUCUUCCCAUACGGCGACGCGUCCAAGUUUGCCCAGCACGCCUUCAGGACCUUCGACAAGAACAGCGAUGGCACCAUUGACUUCAGAGAGUUCAUCUGCGCGCUGUCCAUCACGUCACGAGGAAGCUUCGAGCAGAAGCUCAACUGGGCCUUCAACAUGUACGACCUGGACGGAGACGGCAAGAUCACACGGGUGGAGAUGCUGGAGAUCAUCGAGGCGAUCUACAAGAUGGUGGGCACGGUGAUCAUGAUGAAGAUGAACGAGGACGGCCUGACGCCCGAGCAGAGGGUGGACAAGAUCUUCUCCAAGAUGGACAAGAACAACGAUGACCAGAUCUCGCUGGACGAGUUCAAAGAGGCGGCCAAGAGCGACCCGUCCAUCGUACUACUGCUGCAGUGUGAUCUCCAGAAAUAGGCUCGGCCAGCCGCCACGGACUACACACAAAGAAUUUCAUGUUCCAUUCAGUUUGCAGCUAUUUCCACUGAAAAAAUACAUAUAUAUAUAUAUGCUUGGGACUACCUUUCAAUGGAUCUGCUUCUUGUGUUUGAAACACUCGUGUGCAUGAGAAUGUUAUUUGCUAUUAAAAAAAGAUCUAUACACAACAUACAUGCAUACAUACAAACACACCGUAUACUGUAUGUACAAUACAAACACACUCACAAUACACACACCUCACACUACAUAUGAACACCUCGCACAAAUAAUAUAUUAUAGAUAUAUAAAUAUGAAUAUAUAUUAAAAUUAUUUAAAGAUCAACUGCCAAAAUGUGAAGUGUGCAAAGUAUUUUCCAUACAGUUUCAUUCUACUGGAGCUUGCGCAUCGGUGAUGUGCUACGUUGAAUUCGCCGCUGCUCUAUUUAUUGUUAGGAGUUUUCCUGACGCUAGCUGCACGUGUUUCUGAGUAAUGUCAACGGAACCAAACUCCUCCGAUUAAUGUUAUCUGCCUCCAAUAAGACACUCCCAUCCAUCGUCUCCAAUAUUAGCUCUAGAAGAGAUGGAUUAGCCUUUGGUCCAACUUUUCCCUCCUGAUACAUGCUUGUACUGUCAGUAAAAUAAAAUAAAAAAAUAAAUAAAAAGUCAAUUUAGUUCAUUUGCAUGCCUUUAGGUUCUGCCUUAAAAAAAAUAUAUUAAAAAAAUCUCCUCAUUUAGCAUCCUGUAAUCGAAGACAGAAAGCCUUAUCAAAGCGAGAGAGAAGCUGCGAGAAAAGAUUUUUACCGAAACGAGGUAAAAGUAGGUCCUCCUGCAAGUGUAUGGGAUGUCUUUUCCCUGUGGUCUGUCGAGGCGCUCUCUUUUGACUGCUAUAACUGUGGGAGCAUGUUUCCUUGUAGAUUAGCUUGUUCUAUAUGUUGCUAAGAGCUAAACGCCUGCCCCCCUGUGCAUUUUAAACACACUCAAUAAUCUCAUUAUGAAUAAGCAGAUGUUGAAUGUGAAGGAUUCGUGAAGCAAACGGACCGGAGGAAUCAAACGUUUAGAUGGAGUUAAAUUAGAUACGAAGAAAGAACUAAGUAUUAAUCUAUAGUUGGAGAGAGCAUUGUUAUCAAACUUACUUAUAACCUCGGUGUCACCAUCACGUCCACGUUUUCUUUCUUCCAAUUAGCCUGCAGGUCGCAUAUCAACACGAUGAAUUCAGAGGUUGUUUUUUUUUUAAGAGCGUUUAAGUAGAGAAGAAACAAGGCCCGUGCAGCAUUUGAACUUUCUGUAGUAGUUGUGUCUUUUUCAGUGGAAGUAAAUGAGUGCUGAAGUGGUGAGAGGAGCAGCGAAUGGUUUUUUCCAUUAUACACCGUUAACUAGUAGACGACAGCCCUUGCUACAAAGCCAUGCAUUUUAGCAAGUUGGACAAAAAUCGCCCUCCCUGACCCUCCAAAAGUAUUUCUCUCUUACCAAUCAGUCAACCUUUUUGUACUUUUUUACUCCCUCCUCUCACACAUUGUACACGUACUGAUGCAUUCUAAAUGUAGAGAAGUUGAGUGAAGUGCGGUGCCUUCCUUACAAAAUGAUUUGGAAAAGAACCUGUGAGCCCACUUAAAACAAGUUGACCUGGCCCCGGUCUGACAGCACCGCAGACAGACACGCGUUAACCUGCGUUCAAUGCUACCAGUGUUUGAAGGGAGGCUAAAAGGAGAUAUCGCAAUAAAGAUCCAACCGUCCAUCGUCAUCUCUCAGCAGUGGGGCUCGUCCCCCCCCCGUCACUUUGUAAUCUGAACUUCUUUACACGAAACAUCUUUGGCCAAGACAAUGUUUCUAAUUCCAACUCUGUUAUUACUAUUAUUGCUAUCGAGAUACCAAAUGUAAGCAACGGCAUACGUGUACGAGGAUUCUUUUGUAGCAUGUAUUGUGUCCCUGACGACACGGCUGCACUACUCCCUGUGUUGUGAUUUAAUCUAAUAAAAGGAACUCUAUGGGC